UUAAUUGUAAGUGUCAGUCUCACAACAGGCGCCAUUUUUACACCUUCAAGUCAACUGAGGACAGCAGGGUACAGUAAGCCUACUCCUCAGGUGACCACUGCCGGCCUGCCUCAGAAUAACUCAGCUAUAUGUAGCCUCAGUUAAUCCUUAAGAUGAGCACCACAGAGCCCUCUCCCCCCUCGUCAGUGAAAGUCCGGCACUGAGACACAGUGCUCCCCUCCUGAGAGCAGCAGGACAAAACAACAUGCAGAUUAACCACAACAGCCGUCAACACAGGACACCUCCACUGUUGCAGUGAUGCAUCCUCUGGUGCUUCUGCCAAGCAGCCUCAGCUGUGAGUAAACCAGAACUAACCACCAUGAGCGCCGAUACUAUCUGCAGGACAGAGCUGGACUCGGAGCACAACGGCGAGCUGGCAGACUUGGUGGCAGCCAUGAACGUGGCCGCCAACCGCAUGACCCCACCUAAUGGCUACAGGUCCGGUGCUCCGAGGACCACCAGCUCUCAUAGAGCUCGACUCUCAGACAGGAAGAUGUCGCUGCAGGAGAGAGGGAACCGCAUGGCCCGACAGCCCACCAUCGAGACCAAACGUGUGUCCAUCACAGACGCUGAUGAUUGUGUCCAGCUCAACCAGUAUAAGUUGAACAAAGAGAUUGGAAAGGGUUCAUACGGAGUGGUAAAAUUAGCUUAUAAUGAAGAUUCUGAACAGUACUAUGCAAUGAAAGUUGUUUCAAAGAAGAAGCUGAUGAGGCUGUGUGGAUUUUUGCGCCGUCUGCCUCAAGGACCAAACUCACAGCAGGAUGCGUUCCCUAAAGCCGUGUUUCCUCUGGAGAGAGUGUACAAGGAGAUCGCCAUCCUGAAGAAACUGGACCAUCAUAAUGUUGUUAAACUGGUGGAGGUGCUUGAUGAUCCUGCUGAAGAUGGACUUCAUAUGGCCUUCGAGUUGAUGAAAAAAGGCCCGGUGAUGGAGGUGCCUACAGACAACCCUUUCACAGAGGAGCAGGCUCGCUUUUACUUCAGAGAUGUCGUCCUGGGAAUAGAGUACUUGCACUACCACAAGAUCAUCCACAGGGACAUCAAACCCUCCAACCUGCUGCUUGGGGACGACGGCCACGUCAAGAUCGCAGACUUUGGUGUGAGCAACGAGUUCGAGGGGACAGACGCCCUCCUGUCGACCACGGCGGGGACGCCGGCCUUCAUGGCCCCCGAGAUGAUGACCGAACACGAGCAGAGCUUCAGCGGAAAGGCAUUAGAUGUGUGGGCGAUGGGAGUCACACUGUACUGUUUUGUCUUUGGGAAGUGCCCUUUUUAUGACGAAUACAUCAUCUCUCUGCACAACAAGAUCAAGAACAAACCUGUGGAGUUUCCAGAGACGCCACUGAUAAGUAACGAACUGAAGGAGCUCAUUGAAAGGAUGCUGGAUAAAAACCCUGAAACAAGAAUCACCAUCCCUGAAAUUAAGCUCCAUCCGUGGGUGACAGAGAACGGCUCCAAUCCUCUUCCUCUGGAGGAGGAGCACUGCACGGCGGUGGAGGUCACUGAGGAGGAGGUACAGAACAGCGUCAAACUCAUCCCCAGCCUUUCCACUGUGAUUCUAGUGAAGUCCAUGCUGAGGAAGCGGUCUUUCAGUAAUCCCUUUGAGUGUCAGGGCAGACGGGCAGAGAGGUCCAUGUCUGCUCCUGGAGGUCUUCUUACUGGUUCUUGGGGCUUAUUGGGGUCUUCGCCUCAACUUCAUCCUUCCUUGAGGAAAGUGAGCAACGAGGGGAGCAGAGAUGGAGAGUUGGAGGACUUGUAUGAAGAUGAUACAUUUACAGAGUGUACAGAUUAAAUUGACACAUGCACACAGAUAAACAAAGGGAGCAUGCAGAAAAUGAUUUGUUGUCUACCUUUCUUUAUGUCUCUUUCUUUCCUAAUUCCCUCCUAAUUUUUGCUUUUGCUUUCUGCUUGCUGUGCUUACCUGCUUAAAACUGUUUCUCACUUUAGUCCAUAAGACUGUGAUAAUUCUGUGAUGUAUUGAAUAUUAUAAACAUGGAUAGUGCAUCAAAUACAUAAAAUGAUCGCAAGUCAGAUUAGAUUUUAUUCUGUCCACUAUGCUUGUUUUGUUAAUAUUUAAAUGACAGACGGCAUGAUCAAUGACAGACGUUGUUCAUGAAUGUAACUUUGGAUUCUUGUUAAAAAUGUAAAUAUGCUCCAUAAAGAAGAUAUUUUAACAUUUUCCUACAGCUGUUGAAGAUAAUAAAAGUUCUAAUUACAAACAAUGCCUUGUGGCAAUA